AUGGCGCAUACAACACUCUUCUCUCCUGCAAACCCACACUUCUUCCAGCCUCUUCUUCCCGGUUUCCAAAGCCACCUCGAAAUUCCUGUGAAGUUCUUCUCCAAGAACAUCGAGGGAAAACACGAGAGCAAGACUCUAAAUCUGAGAUCAGAUGCGUCGGAGAGAACAUGGAAAGUGAAGAUGGAAGGCCAUAGCCUCACCAACGGUUGGAAAGAGUUCGUGGAGGCACAUGAUCUUCGAAUCGGUGACUUCGUUGUCUUUAGACACGAAGGAGACAUGUUGUUCCAUGUCACUGCUUUAGGACCAAGUUGUUGUGAGAUCCAAUACACAACGUCUCGUAGCCAUGAUGAAGACGAAGAGGGUGAUGAAACUGGAGAAUCUUCAAGAAAGAAAAAGAAAAUUGUGGAGAAUGUGAAAUCAGAAUCUGAUCAGUCUUUAUCUGAUCUCAGUAGUUUUAGCCAAACUGUAACGGCUUCAAAUCUAUCAAGAGAUACAAUGAGUGUGCCCAUGGAAUUCGCAAAGCGGAAUGGUUUGAACAAAGAAAGUCAAGAGAUAGUUUUGAUGAACGAAGAAGGAAAGUCAUGGGAGUCAGAGCUAAAGAGCAUUGUGUCUAAUCGGGUUUACAUAGGUCGAGGUUGGACAAGUUUCUGCUCCGCAAAUAGAUUAGAAGCUGGAGAUUCUUGUACAUUUAAACUGCUCCGAAACACGGAAAAACCCGUGUUUCGGCUCUGCAGCCGCACAAAAGCUGAGCGGAAUAAAAACAUCCGAUCCCCGGAAGAAAACCGGUUUGUGAAGUUAACUCCUACACCUAACAGCCUUGAACUUGGUAAACAACAUCUACCGGUUAGUUUCACGAGAGCCAACGGAUUGACCAAGGCGGGGAAGAUAAUUCUGGUUGACAAAAACGGAGAUGAGUGGUCAAUGAAGCUUAAGUGUGAGAGGAGUCAUAGAUCAAGAUCGAUGUACAUUAUGAGUGGUAAUGAUUGGAAAAGUUACUGUGUAACGAAUGGAGUAAGUCCUUACGAGUCUUUAACUUUGGAGUUGAUCAGAGGAGGGACAAGUCCGUUGCUUAAGUUCUGCUCCAAGAUGGAGCAAUCACCAUUUGAAGUAAAGACACAGAAGAAAGCUCGAGUCCAAAGAUGCAGUCCUGAUCAAGCUCAAGAGACUAGAUCGAAUCAUGACGGGAGGCAAAAUAUAGCUGUAGAAGGAGAAACUUCUAGGUCAUCUAACAAAUCAACAUGUGAUCGAGGAAUCUUGAAGCACACGCAACCUUGCUCUGUCUCAGAUCAUGUGGCUAAGGUAAAGCAGAGCUAUGUAGAUACUUUAACUAGCAUCAGACGGUUUUGCGCAGAGGUCGAGAAAAUGGAACAGAAAUUAGAAGAUUCAUUGCAGGAAGUUGACAACUUAGUUUCAUGUUAUGGCACACAGAGAGGAAAAUGCAGUGAGAAUCAAACAACAUCUUCAAGUAACAAUCAAGUUUAA